UUGGUUUUGGGUUUUUUUUAAAUUGAUUACAGCAAGAUAUUUCAUACAGCCUGCAGGUAUACACUCUGGUAAAAAAAAAAUGCUGAAAGCUGGUUUAAAAUGCAACUAGUCUGUAUAGAAUCAAAUACAAGAUGACUGUGAUUCCGAAGCAUCCUCUUUAACCUCUUACCACACGUGUGUGAUCACUGUUAACUGGGCCUCAGCAGGUGUGGAACAUCCUGUUAGAGCUGUAAAGCAGCAGUUGCAGUAUGCAAGUUCAGAAUCCAGUGUUAUCCAAUCACCUCUGAGCAUUAUGUUUUUACCAUAUAUGGAGGAUAGCAGGAUUUUCUCUUGUAGUCCACUCCUAUAAAUCGGAGGCACAGAAGGAAGUAGAGUUUCUUCUGCUUGCUUUUUCUCUUUGUUGCAUGUUGCUGUUUGACCAUUGUUGUUUAGGAUUCUUGGUUGAGGGAGGGGGGGUUAUUUGAAGAGAGGAAGACUUUUUGGUUGCACACCAGCAAGUGUCAGAAACAGAUUGUUCAUUCUUCAAUCAAAUCAAAGUUCCCGAGGUUUGGUCUCUUCUCUGAACACUGUCUGCAACAGCUGUGCUGUUACAAGUAGGAACUUCCUGGAGGACAGACUGACACUAGUGUAAGCAUGAGACACUGUUAAAUUUAAGUCUGACUGCUCUAUUUAACAUCUUUAUGCUUUUAACAAUUUAGUGCUAAAGUGUAAAUUGAUUUGUCCUGAAUUAAAUUGCAGUUGUUGCUAAAUUGUUGACUUCAGCACAUAUGGUGUGAUCUUGAGCUAGCAAGUAAUGUUCACAAAUAGUUCCAAUAUUUUGUAGCUGGAAAUUAGCCUUUUUAAAACAGUAAAAUAAACAUGCAGGAGAAGAUUUGCAUUAGUUGCAUUUGCAACUAAUCAGUUUUGCCAAAUACAACUUGAAAUAAACACUUUUCUUACAAUGCCAUUAAUCAAGUAUCUCACCAUUGAUAUUUUUUUACUAGGUUUUCACUGGAAGUGAGAGAUGAAGACUGCAGACCCUCCAGCAUUUGUUCCAAUAUUAGUGUGUGGUCACUGGUGAUGUUCUAAAUAGGGAACAACAAUGUCACAGGAGGAUAUCUUGAAAAUUCUCGACGACUUGACAGAAGAGGAAUUUAAGCGCUUCAAAUUCUUUCUGCGGGACCGUGGGACUCUCAAAGGGAAACAAAGCAUCUCAAGAGUUCAGUUGGAAAAGGCGGACAGGGUGGACACUGCGUCUCUGUUGGUGCAGACCUAUCAACAUGCUGAAGUUAAGGAGUUAAUAACUGAGGUUUUAGUGAAGAUCAACAGAAAUGAUCUGGCGCAGAGCUGCUGCUCCGGACCGAAAGAGGAGUCAGUUAAAAUGGCAAGGAAAAGAAGAGCACACAACCAAGCACCUCGCAGGGCAUCAAAGCGCCAACGCAAGGAAGUGAAUGAGCCUGGUGAAGCUGGACACCCACAGAAGAGUGAUGAAAGCACAGUAAAAGAUUCUUACCCCAUGUCUCAUCCAUCUGCAACCAAUAAGAAAGGAACCUUGGAUGUGGACAUGAGUGGAAACAAAGAUAAGCAGUCAGUGAACAUUUCUGAGGCGAUCAACACAAAGACGCAAUAUCAGAGAGAAACUGAAACACUGCUUGGCAGACUUCACCUUCAAAACAAACUUCAGCACAAGUUGUCUCUGGCAGAUUUUCUUAAAAUAGGUCCACCUGUGAAACAGGACCAUGAGACAUCUGAGAAAGAUGUAGCUUAUUGUUUUCUUCAGAGGUUGAUGAUGUUAGACUACAGAGCCAGAUAUAUUCGUGUAAGACAAGACAACAGUUCAAAGUCUGUUCCAGUGUUUCACAGUGUUGACACAGAAGACUCUGGCUUAGAAGCUCUUUUCGGGAACAAUGCAGACAGUGGUCAAUCGAAACAGACUCAUGUGCAUCCAAUGGACGUUCAGAUGGCUGUAUUUCACUGCUCAGACAGCUUCCUCAAGCAGAACAUGAUGACAAAGCUAUCACAAUGUCAGUAUGCUUUACCUUUGCUAGUCCCUGACCCAGUCACCAUGGAAAUUGAGUGUCCUCUUUGGACAUUCAGGCAAAUUAAAAAAACAUGGAAGAUAACCAAUAUCAGGAAUGUUUCCAACACUCUCAUCAUGAAGAAUAUGUCCAUCUGCAACGCAGAGACAUCAAUGGUGUCAUUUUUCCGCCUGGGUUCACUAUCAGUGUCUAAAUCUCAGCUGAUGAACACCAUGAUCAACGAGCGUCACAGCACCUUCUUCCACAGAAACUCAACAGGAAGCACCAAAUCUUGCCAUCUGAUGAAUGGUGUGGCAGAGGUUGCCUGGUACUGUCCUGCUGGAAACCCCAACGAUGCCUUCACCGACUGCAUUGCCUUCUGUAAUCUCCAUGGUGAUGCUCUAUCGAUUGAAAAACAGCGAGAGAUACUGAUUGAAAAAUCUUCAGUUGUUGUUGUUCUGGUACCAACUUUGGAAAAAAGCCAUGAAAGUGCUGCCAUCAUCUCAGGCCUUUUCAGUUCUCAGAAGCCUCUCAUUGUUCUCACCGCUGAUAAUGAUUGUGGUGCAAUUCGGAUGAAAGAUGGAAAAUACAAAACAGGUCUAAAACACAGAGGGCUUUCAGAUGUUGCUGACGAACUGAAAAGCAUCAUUGGAGAGAUUUUGUCUCGACCACAUACAUCCUUCCAGCUUGAAACCAUGGCUAAGGUCCCUGGAAUCAGAGUGGAUGAAGAUGACACAUUCUGCCAAAAAGGGAAACAGGCUGCAAUGAAAAUAGUGAAGUUGCUUCAGGGGAUGAAUGUUUCCCAGAUAAAAGAUAAAGUCCUCCCUUGUCAAGGCAAACUGUGGCAUGAGUGGUGCAAACUAAACAAAGACCUGUAUCACCUCAAAGGACACAUUGAGAGGGAGAAAUGUAAAAAGAAAGAGGAAAUGAUGAAAAUACGACAAAAACAAUGCGAUGCUUCCUGUACAGGACCGAUGGCGUUGUUCAUUGAAAGCCUCUCGUCCUUGCCAUCAACAGACAAAGAGUAUUUCAUGAAAUGGAGUCAGAUCUUAAUAGAUGCCCUCACUGCCGAUAAUCUCACUUCAAUUCUCCAAAGCUAUCAUGAAAAAUGGUCUGAGAUCUUGGAUCUGAAGAAGAAGGAGAGUGACAAUCCUGGUCUUUUAAAAAGCAAACAAACGGAGCUUGAAGAACUAUCAAAUGAUCUGCAGAGAUCAACUUUUGGCUUGGAGCACAUCUUUAGAGAACUGGGACAGAUCUAUGAAGCCCAUAAAUCUCUAGGGCAACAAACAAAGGCGGGACAGAUUGACUGGUCCAAAUACCCUGAGCUGGCUGCAGAGCUCAUGAUAUUAGGGUACCCCAUGGAGCUGAUGGACGGUGAUGCAGGUCAUGUGCCUUUAACAUGGAUUGCAAGUCUAUUAGAGGAAGUAAAGAAAAAAAUAGGUGACCAGAGAGUUUUUGUGUUGUCAGUUUUGGGUGUACAAAGCAGUGGAAAAUCAACCAUGCUGAAUGCCAUGUUUGGGUUACAGUUUGCAGUGAGUGCUGGCAGAUGCACCAGAGGUGCCUUCAUGCAGCUGGUCAAAGUGUCAGAUGAGAUCAGGAUUGGCUUUCAGUUUGACUACGUUCUAGUGGUGGACACUGAAGGACUGCGUUCUCCCGAGUUGGCCGGUAACGCCACUCCUCACCAUGACAACGAACUGGCAACAUUUGUUGUUGGUCUGGGAAACAUGACAUUGAUCAACAUCUAUGGAGAAAAUCCAUCUGAGAUGCAAGAUGUUCUGCAGAUUGUUGUCCAGGCUUUCAUGAGGAUGAAGAAAGUUAAUCUUUGUCCAAGUUGUGUGUUUGUUCACCAGAAUGUUACUGAUACUGCAGCUGAGGAGAGGAACAUGCAUGCGAAGAGACGCCUGCAAGAAAAACUGGACAAAAUGGCCCAAGAAGCUGCCAAAGAGGAGGUGUGCGAUGCAGAAUGUGUCAGUGGUAUCACUGCAUUUGAUGUGGAAAAUGAUGUGAAAUACUUUGCCCAGCUGUGGGAAGGAAGUCCACCCAUGGCUCCUCCAAAUCCAGGAUAUAGUGAGAGCAUCCAAGGGCUGAAGAACACCAUCCUCUCUAAAGCUUCACAGUCUGCUGGGAUUACUCUGUCACAGUUCAAAAGCAAAAUUGAGGACCUGUGGAAUGCCCUGAUGAACGAACACUUUGUUUUCAGCUUCAGAAACACACUUGAAAUUAAAGUGUACAGAAAGCUUGAGGUCCAGUACGGGAACUGGACCUGGGACCUGAGGAGCAACAUGCUGACCAUUGAAAACAAGCUUUACACCAAAAUCGAAAAUGGAAGAUGUAGCAAGGUUGAGCACGACUAUCUUUCAAGAGAAAUAAAUAAAACCUAUGAAAAAAUCGAAAAAGAAAUGACAGCAUACUUUAAUGAUGACAGUGAAAAAGAAAUGUUGGUUCAGUGGAAAGGCAUAUUCGAAAAAAAAAUCAAAGAGUUUCUUGACGAACUGGUGAGAGGAGCGAAACGAAAACUGGAUGAAGUUAUCCAGCAGAAGAACGCUUGUAAAAAGCUUGAUAAUAGGAAGAAAACGUUUGAGAACAAGCUGCUACAGAAGAGCAAACAGCUUGCUCAAGUGUUAAAAGGCAAAGCACAAGAUGAAAAGACACUUAAAGAGCAGUUCGACUCUGUUUGGAGAGGCUUGGUGAGAGAACUAACUGCAGAUACAAAACCUAUUGAAGACAUCAACUUGGAAGAAGAUCAGUCGACUAUCCUUCAAGAGCUUGGCAUUGAAUGGAAACUCAUAGAUGAAUCCAAAAGGGGUGGCGAAUACAAAAUAAUCGCAGAGGUUAACGAUUAUUUCGAUUACGUGAGCCUCACCAAGCAACAGGAGAAUUGUGAAAGCCAAGAAUCUCAAAAGAAAGGAGGGACACGAGGCAAAAAGAAAGGUGUGAUUGCCUAUGUUAUGAAAAAAGCUAAUCAAGCUUACAGAAAGAUUACAGGAUCUUUUCAAGAUCAAGACCAAAAAGAGAUCAGAUCUCUGAUUGAGCGUGUUGAAAAAGAGUGUCUUGAUGGAAUUAAGAGCAAACCUGUUGCUACAAGAGGCUACAGAUCAACUUACUUGCAAGAAAUGGCCAACAAAGCAAAAAAAGAAGUGACAGAAUUUGAGUCAAAGCAAAACUAUGCUCUGAAGAAGGAGUUUACAGUUGAUCUCUUACUAUAUGUAUUUGACAGAGCAGAGAGUUGGCUUUCAGAGUCCCACAAGAAAUUCAAGACCAAAAAUGAUGCACACAUUUAUUUAGAAAGCAAGAAGGUACAGUACUACAACAUUUUCAGAAGCUUCUACAAAGGAAGCUCAUCUGCGUUUGUGCUUGCAGAACUGAUCUGCGAAAAACUGAAGGAUUCCACUGUUGAGGCUGUCUGUGACCAGUCUGCCAUUGAUCUGGCUACAGAGAUGAGGUGCAAUGUCACAGCCUUCAAUGGGAACAGGCUGAACUUGGAGAAACAUGUGUUGAAGUUUCUCGCGGAGGAGGAGGACUUCAGCGGUUUCAUGACCUACAUCAAACACCCAAGGACACACGUGGAGAAGUUCAUACAAGACAAGGUGCAAAAAUACAUCUUCACAGACCACAAAGACAACGUACUGAAUAUACUCAAGAAAAACAUUGCAGAUAAGAAACAACUUGUGAGUCAGGCUUUAUUCACUGCAACAGAGACAGUCAAACACCAGGGAGGAGACAUAGACAUGUGGCUGGAGGAAUUUUCCAGCUUGAUAAGCGAUGACCUGACAUUUGAUACCGCUUCUUCUCAAAACUUCAAGGACAUAAAUAAAUUUGACUAUCUUAAAGACAAAAUACAGAAAGAUUUUAAUAACAUCAUUAAGAAGAUGACAAAACUCUUACUGGGUAAGAUGAAGGAAUUAGCCGAGAAGUCUGAGGAAAGCAUCACUGAUCAUCUGUGCAAGUGCUGCUGGGAAAAGUGUCCAUUCUGUGGAGCGGUCUGCAUCGGCACAGAUGAAGAUCACAGUCCCAAAGACCACAGUGUCCCGUUUCAUCGAUCUGCUGGAAUCAAUGGAUGGCACUACAGAAACACAGUGGAAAUGGAUGUUGAUUUCUGCACAACAAAUGUUGCAAGUGAUGCAAAAUUUUACACUCGUGAUUCAGAAAAGUCCAUUCCCUAUAAACUGUACCGAACUGCUGGACCAAGGUAUGCUAAAUGGAGCAUUACCCCCGAUCAGUCUAAUAAGAAAUACUGGGAAUGGUUUGUGUGUCGAUUUCAGAAGCAACUGGAGGACCACUAUAACUACAAAUUCCAGGGCAGAGGGGAAAUUCCCAGGGAGUGGAAACGCCACACUAAGGAAGAAGCUAUUGAAAGUCUGGAAGAAAUGUACAAUCUGUGAGUGUUUUCAUGUGGUUCUUCAUGAAUCAAAGUCCAAUAAAACAACAUUCACGGACAUUCGUUUCCAUGAAGGUGAAGCAUAUGUUGUAAAUAUAUAUUGUAUUUUUUUUAUUUGUUCCUGAAGAAAGAGGAAGAUAACUGAUAAACUAGAUGCAUGUAAUGAUGAUAUUGUGAAGUUUUAUUGAAUUGAAAUACAUUAAAUGUGAAGUUCUGAAAUGUGUUCAGAAAUUGUUCACUUUUUUUUAUACAACAAAGAACAUAGGGCAUAUUUCUUUGAUAACCUGUUUAACUAUGUGAAAAUCCUGUCCAACAGUUGCUGCCAGUCUGUAUUUUUGAAUGUCGUAAGUCUCUACAGUUUAAGUUGAAUCAUGCUCAAUAACAUGUAAAACAUAACUGAUGAAGCGUGCUUUCUGUUUAAAAAGUACUGUUCGACUGUUUUAUGUUAAUCUCAUUUCAAACAUUUUAUCUACUUUGGCUUGAGCUUUGUUGUUUUGUUACAUUAGAAUCUUGUAAGUCACGUGAGGAGAAAAUAUAAGAUUUUUUUUGUUUAUUAAACUUAUCAUGUAGUAACAACAUCUCCUGAGUGUAACCUUUCAUGUUAUUAAUGAGCAUAAUGACUUAUAAUAAAAAUAACUACUUU